ACAUUCAGUAAUCUGACACCGCCGCUGGCUCAAAACAUCUAAACCGAAGGAAGAACCCGCAACUUCAUUGGCAGAAAUAGUCGGAGAGAACAGGCGAGAGAGACCGAACGGAGACGAAAACCGAGUGCGCAAAUAACUCGUGGCGGCGGCGGGUGCCUGCGUUUCCUAAUAGGUGUCCGUUUCAAAUAAUAUCAAAGCAAGAAGUUUCACUUUCCACAGGCGGAUGGGUGACUAUCGCUCUCUGCGGCGCUUUGUGAGGAGGAGAUGAUGAAGAAUUUCAGCAACAGUCCCCUUCACAAUAACCAGGCUCCAAACCACAUUAGAGAUUGGAACAACAAAAAGUUCGGUUUUCUCUCGGCGGUUCUGUUGCGUUUUUCCCUGCGAGGUUAUGGUUUUUGCAUGGCUAGUCUAUUCAUCUUCUGUUUUGGGUCUCUGUUUUACCAGUUGAACGGAGGACCCCCCAACAUUCUCCUGGACAUCCGACAGUAUCUCGGAGAAUCCACAUAUCUCGAUGACCACGGACCCCCAGCUCCCCGUGUGCUGCCAUUCCCCAGUCAGGUGGUGUAUAAUCGUGUGGGGAAGUGUGGCAGCAGGACGGUAGUCAUCCUACUAAGGUUAUUGGCAGAGAGACAUCAGUUCAACCUGGUCUCCUCAGACAUCCACAACAAGACACGCCUCACCAAACAUGAACAGGUGGACCUUAUGAGGAACAUCAGCAACAUCCCCCAGCCUUUCCUGUACACCAGACAUGUCCACUUUCUCAACUUCACCCGGUUCAGGAUAGAGCAGCCCGUCUACAUCAACAUCAUACGGGACCCCAUUAACCGUUUCCUCUCCAACUACUUCUUCCGACGUUUCGGGGACUGGAGGGGGGAGCAGAAUCACCUCAUCCGAACACCAGGGAUGAAAGGUGACGAGAGAUACCUGGACAUCAAUGUGUGCAUCCUGGAGAAUUACCCAGAAUGCUCCAACCCCAGACUCUUCUACAUCAUCCCAUAUUUCUGUGGACAGCACCCCCAGUGCAGGGAGCCGGGACAAUGGGCACUGGAGAGGGCCAAACAGAACGUUCUAGAGAACUUCCUUAUCGUGGGGAUCCUAGAGGAGCUGGAAGAUGUCCUGCUUCUUCUAGAGAGACUGUUACCUCACUACUUUACUGACGUACUCAACAUCUACAAGAGCCCAGACUACAGGAAGAUGGGGAACAUGACUGGUACGGUGCGUAAACACACGCCCACUCUGGAGGCCCUUCAGGUUCUGUACCACCGCAUGCGCUACGAGUACGACUUCUACAACUUCAUCCGAGACCAGUUCCACUUGAUGAAGAAGAAGAUUGGCCUCAAGUCGGUCUCCCGAUCACCUUCCCACCAGGCCUCCUUCCUAAGAGACCUCUCCCUCCGAACGCCAGAGCCCCUGGAUGAAGACGAGGAGCUGGAGACCGACCUGGAGGACGCCAACAGCUGGUUGGUCCAGCCCUGACCAAUGCCGUGGUGACUGGGGACUUUACUUGCGUCUGGUUGGCUGGAGGUGGCAUGAUAAAGGGGCGGGGGAUGUGCCCUGUCUGUCAGCAUUCCCAAGAGGACGAUUGGUUGGGGGUGUGUGGAUCCUGAUGCCUGUGUUUUUACGGGCUACAUAUUCCGUUCAUCUCGGACUCUCUACUCAUUGCUGAGAACCUUAGGACUGGGCUCUGACUCUCUGCUACCACUGAGGACCUUGGGAGUGGGCUCUGACUCUCUGCUACCACUGAGGACCUUGGGAGUGGGCUCUGACUCUCUGCUACCACUGAGGACCUUGGGAGUGGGCUCUGACUCUCUGCUACCACUGAGGACCUUGGGAGUGGGCUCGGACUCUCUGCUCACCGCUGAGGACCUUGGGAGUGGGCUCGGACUCUCUGCUCACCGCUGAGGACCUUGGGAGUGGGCUCGGACUCUCUGCUCACCGCUGAGGACCUUGGGAGUGGGCUCGGACUCUCUGCUCACCGCAAAGGACCUUGGGAGUGGGCUCGGACUCUCUGCUCACUGCUGAGGACCUUGGGAGUGGGCUCGGACUCUGCUCACCGCUGAGGACCUUCGUUGUGGGUGGAUGGAUGGAUGGAUGGACGAACCGCUAUAUUUAAAGAUUGACUAGAAUAAUGGGUGGGGGGUUACUUUAAAAAGCUCACUUUGCUUGUUUUAUUUUUGUUUUGUUGGUUUGAGGGCGUCCUAUUUGGGGUAUCUCCGGGUGAGAUAAGACAAAAGGGAUUUGGACCUAUGAACUCAUUAAGAAACAUUUUACAUGUUGAGGGGAGGGCUGCAUCUUAGGAUCAGGAAAAAUUCAAAGACACCAACAUAGGUGCAGGGAUGAUGGGGGGGAAGGAGCGUGUUGAGGUGUGAGAGAGCAGGGACGAGACGGGGAUGAAAUUGUAGGGGUUGUGUGUAACAGGUCUACUUUUAGUGCUUGACCACUCCGUCUCUCCCUGUCUCUCCCAGCCUCCUUUUCUCUCCCUUUCUUUUCCCCUUAUUUUCUCUCCCUCACACUCUGCCUGUUUUAAGGGCCCUUGUUUUCAAAGUGUGAUUCAAAGUGCCAAACCGUCAAAUGGUGUGUCAUAGUCAUAAACUUCUCUAAGUGCCAAACCUAACCAAGUGGGGUCAGACACCUUCUGUUCCUAGAAACCCUGUUUGGGAGGAUCCUCUGAUCACAGUGGGAGUGGGAGUGGGAGUGGGAGUGGGAGUGGGAGUGGGGGGCCCAAAUGUGAUAGUGUCUAUGCAUGACAGAAUCAGUUUACUUUGUUUAAUAGAUGUCGAUAUGAUGAAAGGGUCAAAUGGCAGGAAGAGCACUCAACUAUGAAUUCAAAGAAUUCCAACUGUGUGUCUACGAUUGGAUUUGACAACAACAUUUGUCAAACUGAAAAUGUGUGAAGAAAGGUUGAAUAUUUUGGUACAUAACUUGGGAAAUAUUAAGAAACGUAUGAUGUUGAUUGGUGAAAAUGUAUGUUUUUCCUCAAAUGUUGACAUCUCCAUUGGAAUAGAAAAUAUGAUGUUUGACUUCCUUCAACAACAACAAAAAAUCGAAUAAAAAUAUUAUUUCAAAGAUAAAGCUGAAGGCUUUAAUCAAACGCUUUACCUGAACUCACCAAAUGAAAUGACAAUGUGUUCACAGUCUGCACUUAGUCUUAUUUGAGGAUGUUCAACCUCGGCUUGUUGGUUACUGUAAUGUCUAAAUCCACACCUUUGUUUCUUAACUCUCCCCUGACUCUCAGUAUUUCAUAGGGCAGCCAUGGUGUUGCACUUUGGCCAUUUACUGAUAACUCAACACCCAGAGAAGAAAAUGGCCACAACCACCUAUUACCUGGCAGUCAUACCUAUAUUUGCGGUCAAAUAUAUUGGCACCCUCACUAUUUCUUCUAAAAUAAGUAGAUUUGGAAAAAAAAUAUGAACGUGUAUCUGUUUGAUUUACAACUGCACAGGACCAAGAAGAAAGAAACAAUCCAAACUGAAAUGAAGACUUUUCACUUCAAAGUCAAAAAGGGCCUUGACUAAGUUAUUCACAAUUCAAAUGAAUUUGGUUCUAAUUCUGGUUUACUGUGCAAUGUAUCUCACCUGUGGAAAGUUCCAGGUGCCUACAGGGUAAAAAAAGCAAUUCAACCAGUUUUAAAUGCUCCAUUGCACGCAAUUAAAAAAGGGCAAGGGUGCCAAUAUAUUUGACCACAUCUGUAAGCCAUAGUCAUUGUACUGUCAUUGCCUUCAGCGUGGAUUUUCUUUUUGACAUUUUUAUUUAUUAUUAUGUAUCCAUUUUCAUUCCAGAAAGGAUUCUCAGGAAAAAAGGUUUCUUACAACGUUGAAAUAAGUUGUACUAUCAAGCUAUUCAUAAUAUCUAAAGAUGAGUAAAAUAUCCCCAAUAAAAUUAUAUGAACAUCUUAAAGAAAUGGUUGAACUGUUUUACAAUAAAUGGAAUCCAUUCAUUUCAAUCUCCUCAGACAGUUUUCUAAAUAAAAACCUAACAAUUGCA